GCUCCUCAGUUGUAUAAAAGCUCCUCGCUCAGAAAGACACAGCAUGAUCAAGCCAUGGCCUUCCUGUGGAUCCUCUCCUGCCUCGCCUUCGCCGGCGCCGCAUACGGUUGCGGCACUCCCGCCAUCCCUCCCAUCAUCACCGGUUACUCUCGUAUUGUGAACGGUGAGGAGGCAGUGCCUCACUCCUGGCCCUGGCAGGUGUCCCUUCAGGAUUACACUGGUUUCCACUUCUGCGGCGGCUCUCUGAUCAAUGAGAACUGGGUGGUGACAGCUGCUCACUGCAACGUCAGGACGUCCCACCGUGUGAUCCUCGGAGAGCACGACCGCUCAUCCAACGCUGAGGACAUCCAGGUCAUGAAGGUUGGAAAGGUGUUCAAGCACCCCCGCUACAACGGCUACACCAUCAACAACGACAUCCUGCUCAUCAAGCUGGCCAGCCCCGCCCAGAUGAACAUGCGUGUUUCCCCCGUGUGCGUGGCCGAGACCGGAGACAACUUCCCCGGAGGAAUGAAGUGUGUGACCACUGGCUGGGGCCUGACCCGCUACAACGCUCCUGACACUCCUGCCCUGCUGCAGCAGGCCGCCCUCCCCCUGCUGACCAAUGAGAAGUGUCGUAGUUACUGGGGUAACAAGAUCACCGACCUGAUGAUUUGCGCCGGAGCCUCUGGAGCCUCCUCCUGCAUGGGUGACUCUGGUGGUCCUCUGGUCUGUGAGAAGGCUGGAGCCUGGACUCUGGUUGGUAUUGUGUCCUGGGGAAGUGGAACCUGCACUCCCACAAUGCCCGGCGUGUAUGCCCGCGUCACCGAGCUCCGUGCCUGGAUGGACGAGACCAUUGCUGCCAACUGAGCGUGUCAGAGAUGGACAGCUUCCAGUUUCAACCUGAUCAUCAAUAAAUGACAGAAACUCUGAAAUGGA